AUGGAUCGAUAUCGUAAUACAAGGAUACCUUCUCAACCAUCUCCUAUUUCUAUCCCAGCUUCUUUGAAAUUCCAUUUACUUUUACCCAUAUUUACUGUUCUUACGGCAUUUGGACCUGGUUUUCAAUCAAUUAUUACUUUUACCUGGCUUUGGUUUACUUUAUCCAUAUUUUAUGUUCGUCACAUUACUAGAUGGUGGUAUAUAUUUUUUUAUUAUAUGUUUGUAAAUAUUGGAACUUUAAUUGCUUUUAUGGCCUCCGUGAAAGCGGAAGUACCCAAUGCAUACGCUAUAACCUUCGCAAUAGGUAUGGUAAUUAAUUUAUUGGGUCUCACCAGUCUUUUGAUGGAUCGAUUUGCCCAACGCGCAUUUAAUUCAAAAGGGUGGGCAAGAGUAAUGGUAUUUCCUUGUGUUUGGACGGGUUUAUGGACGUUAUUUACCUAUACUUGGAUUUUAGGAGAUUGGGGAGAUUACGCUUUUACGUUUUUAGGAAUAGAAGAAAUAUUGCAACUCGCUUCUUUCACUGGAUUAAGUGGAAUAAAUUUCAUAUUAGCUUGGAGUGGACCAAUAGGUUCUGAUAUUUUAGUAAAUUGGUUAUCCACUUAUGCUUAUCCCAUUAAUAGUGAAACUAGUACAGCCAAUACAAUCGAUGAUAUAAAUGCGGAAGAGGAUCAUAUUAGUAGAACUGAUGAUGUUUUAACUGCACAAAAUAAUCGUAAACAACGUAGACUGAAUUUCACGAUACCUGCAGUAUUUUCUUCUUUAUUCAUUUAUUUAACGAUAAUUUUCCUGGUCAUCACUUAUGGAUCUAUCAGAAUGUCAACAGCUUUAAUACCUUUCUUUCAACGAAGUGUUGCAGAAUUUGCUCCUACAUCAUUAUUAAAUGUGGGAUGUGUAAUUCGUCAAGAACAAAUUACACCUGAUAAUUCCGCUUAUAUUCAAACCACACAAGAAUUAGCAAAAAAUGGAAGUAAAAUAAUACUAUGGACAGAAGGUUCUGGUACCAUAACAAAUAAUUCAGAACUUGAAUAUGUAAUUUCAUCGAUAAAAAAUAUUUCUCGUACAUAUAGCGCAUAUGUAGGAGUUGCAUAUAUUUUUCUUGGUGAAUCAAAAGAAACUUCAUAUAAUAAAUUAACAGUUAUUUCAUCAUCAGGAGAAAUUGUAAUGGAUUAUCAAAAAUCACACUUGGUACCAUUUCUUGAGACUGUUAGAUUCAGUAGCGGAAAGGCUGAAUUACCAACUUAUAAUAGUGAAGAAUAUGGAGUUAUUGGAGGGGCGAUUUGUUUUGAUUUUAACUUUCCAGGAUUUAUUAGUCAAGCAUCAAAUAAAAAAGUUAAUUUGAUGUUGGAAGCUAGUCCGGUUGGAGUUCUUCAUUCCCGAUCAAAUGCAAUUCGUUCAAUUGAGAAUGGAUUUACUUUGAUAAGAUGUAAUGGCGAUGGAAUCUCAGGUGUAUGGGGUCCCCAAGGACAAAAUUUUCAUUCCAUACCUACCACCAAUUUACAAGGUUCCGUUUCAAAACAAACAUCUUUUACAUUCCAAGUGCCAUUAUAUUCACGAGUCAACACAGUUUACGGUGUAUUUAAGGAUACAUUUGGAUGGAUUUGUUUGGGAAUGAGUGGUAUAUUUUUAAUUUGUAUGAUAAUAUUGGAGAAAGGAAGUUUAAGGUGGAGAACAUUUGUAAAGAAAUGGUUGUGA